AUGACAAGCGAUAAACAUAGUAAUAAUUUUUUUAGUGAAUUUAACAUUUACAAUAAAAAAAAUACGAAAAAAGUAGUAUACAGAUACUUUCAGAACAGAACACAGAAACAGACCAAGUAUAUAACGCUAUCGCUACUCGCCUUUAGUGGACUCUUUCUAUACAUUACCAAUAAAGCCUAUGAUAGAAACAUCUUUUAUUUAAACAAUGAAAUCUACAAAAAAUUCAACAAAAAUUACGAUGCCUCUUCUCCGCUGGAAGCCCAAAAUAGGUCUUUUGCGAGAAUUUUUGUGAAAGCUAAGAGGAAAAAUUUAGAACUGGAUUCAAAACCACUGGUUUCGCAAAUAAUUAGGAUUGACGACAAGGACUGA